AAAUGAAGACGACUUGGUGAAGUUUAACUGCACAUGCUGUGAGUCACUAAGGCUGAUGGGACUGGAUGGGGGGGGGGGGUACUCACUUAUCUGGACUUUUCCACUGCAGGUCUCAUGCGACAGCUUCCCAUGUUUACAGGAACAACUCUAAUCUGACCUUUAAGGUUUUUUUUCCACCUCCCACCUCACCACAUCACCACGUCAGUUCCACGAACUACAAAAAAUAACGGCCACGGCACCACAAGACUCGAGCCAGACAAAAUUUCACUCCUGGAAAAGAUUAGGGAUUGAGUCAACAAGUUUGAAGUCUGAAUCUAUGCCGAACAGUUCAUGAAACCUUCAAGUCCUGAGACAGCACUUUGAUGAAAUAGCAACACUAUGGUGCUGCAUACUUCCGAAAUGAAGACACCAGGCAGCACCAGACAAGAGUGCUCAGCACCACAUGACAGAGACAUCAAUCCCGGCUGUGCAGGCUCUACCCAACAUCUUCAUGGCUGCAGUGGAGAAAAGUGCACUGAUGUCUUUGGACAACAGAUAGGCCGGACAGACAGACAGACAGACAGACAGACAGACAGACAGACAGACAGACAGACAGACAGACAGACAGACAGACAGACAGACAGACAGACAGACAGACAGACAGACAGCAGUGAGUCUAGAACACCCUCUCACAUCCAAAACAGAGCCUAAAGUUGAGCUGUGCCUAUUUGGAACAUGAUCACAGAAAAGACAUUGUGUUGUGCUGCUCAAUACCUGCCAGUGGUCAGAGACAGAAAAAGAAGUCCUGCCUUUUGAAGAACUCAUUUUGAAAAAAGACAUCACUCUUGGGCUGUUGUAAUAUUGAAAAGACUACAUAAAAGACAGCCAGAUUUUCUCACAGGAGGAGAGAGCCCAAGAAGUCUUGGUUGUCACGGUCAUCUGUGUUCUGUCAUGUCCGAGACGGGGGUCAGGGCUGGUAGGUGUUUGUUUGACGUUGACAGUGGGAAAUGGACAGUAUUGAUGCGCUUUAUUGUUUAAUUUCUACUAUAUGUUGAAAAAAGAGAAAGGCACUGGAACUAGUAUGUGGCAUGUUCAAAAGCAAAUCAAAUACUGAUAUUUGAUCAUUAUAUUUUUCUUUUUGAGAAAAGUAUUGAAUUACCCAUGUGAGAAGUAGAGUGGACGAAAUAUACUCACUCUCCAUCCCCCUCCCUUUUUCCCCAGAUCUUACUCUGACGCGGCUUGGCUCGUUGAUUUCUUUAAUAAAUGUCAUUUUGAUGAGAAGGGAAACUAUGUAUUGCACAAUAUGUGAGCAAUAACUAGAGGAAAUGUAAAAAUAGCUUUUUCAGACUGAAAUCAAGAGGUUGAAAUGUAGAAGGGUUGUGUUUGUUUACAAAAUAUGAAUUAUGGAUUCAAGUGACUUGGCGUGUGUGUGUGUGUGUG